UGUUUUUAAGGUCAGUGGACUUUCUGUGCGCGUCGGCUACAGAACAACAACUGAACACAACACUGGGAACAUUCCGGGACGAUUUAUUUAGAUUUAUAUAUUUUUAUUUAUAAACAAAAAAAAGAACAUUUAAUUUUCUAGAGCGGGCGGUAAAAAUAUUGAACGCAAUUAUUAUUAUUAUUAUUUUUAAUAAAUAAAUAGUGUGUUCCUCCAAACAGAGCAGUAUUGUCGGGUGUGCGAGUAUGCGUUUCGAGGUUGGAGCAUGCGCAGAGGCAGGCUGUGCCAUAUUGGAAUGAGGCAGCGGACACUGAGAGCAGAGCUCGGAGAGACGGCUUUUAAAAUCGACCUGGAAAAACUCGGACCAGGAGUUGGUGUGGAUGUUCUGAAACACUCUGGCAGUGCAAAGAGAGAGAGAGUCUGCCGAUGAGAACACAGCUGUGAGAGCCAGGGAGGGAGGAGAGAUCCGGCGCAGACAACCUCACACCCAGGGGAAUGAGUCAGAGCCGCCUGGACAUGAGCAGCAGAGAGCCCCAGGACACAGAUGCUGUGUCAGGCCUGGAGGACUCGGAGUUUAACUGGGAUGAGUAUCUGGAGGAGACUGGAACCACUGCCGCCCCCCACAGCUCUUUCAAGCAUGUGGAUCUCAGCCUGCAGAACGGGUUCAGCUCCGGGAUGAAGCUGGAGGUGGCGAACAAGAGCGACCCCGAGACGUACUGGGUGGCGUCCAUCAUCAUGACGUGCGGGCAGCUGCUCCUCCUGCGCUACGACGGCUACGGGGAAGACCGCCGCGCAGACUUCUGGUGUGACAUCAUGACUGCUGACCUGCACCCCAUCGGCUGGUGCGGACAGAACAACAAAGUGCUCAGACCCCCAGAGGGUAUCCGGGACAAGUAUUCGGACUGGGGUGCCUUUCUGGUGCAGACGCUGUCUGGGGCGAGCAGUGCUCCUGCAGCCCUGCUGGAGGGGCCUCACCGGGGCAGGAACCCCCUGGACCUCCUGGCUCCCGGGUCCCUGCUGGAGCUGCAGGACCGGGAGUGGCCCCUGCAGGCCUGGCUCGUGGUGGUGGAGGAGAACACGGGCGGCCGGCUGCGGUUCCGCUACGCCGGGGCUGAGAAGCGUGCCGAGCACCGGCGCUGGCUCUUCUACCUGGACCCCUUCCUUCAUCCCGUCGGCUGGGCCAGGCAGCAGGGCCUCUCUCUCACACCACCCGCAGCUGUGAGGGGGCUGAAGAGCGAUCUUGACUGGCAGGAGGUCUUGCAGGGCGUUCUUGGGGAGACAGUGGAGUCCGCGGUGCCUGAGCAGUUCUUCAAGGACAAGCCUGUGAUCGGCACUCAUUCAUUCUCAGCUGGGAUGAAGUUAGAGGCUGUGGACCCAGCAGCACCUUUCACUAUCAGCCCAGCGACUGUGACCAAGGUUUUCAGUGAGAAGUAUUUCCUGGUUCAGAUAGAUGACCUUCGCUCAGAGCAGGCGGGGGCCAGUGCGUUCGUGUGUCAUGUGACCAGCGGGGGGAUCUUUCCUGUGCAGUGGUGCCUGAAGAACGGGGUUCACCUCACCCCUCCCAAAGGUUACCCAGGACAAGACUUUGACUGGGCUGACUACCUGAAACAGUGCAGCUCAGAGGCAGCCCCACAACACUGCUUUUCAACGGACCUGCCUGAUUUCGGAUACACAGAGAACAUGAAACUGGAGGCAGUGAACCCCCUGAGCCCGGAAGAGAUUCACGCUGCCACGGUUACCAAGGUGAAAGGUCAGCACAUCUGGCUGCAUCUGGAAGGUUCGAAGAAGCCAGUCCCAGAGUGCAUUGUGCACGUGGAAUCCAUGGACAUCUUCCCAGUGAGCUGGUGUGAAACCAAUGGAUACCCGCUGAGCCAUCCCCGAAAACCCAAAGUCAAGAAGCAAAGGAAGGUCGCUGUGGUGCAGCCGGAAAAACAAGUGGCACCCAGAAACACCGCGCACGACGGCUUGAGGAGCCAGGACUACAACUCCAGCGAGUCAGGGCUCGGAAACGGGAAAUACUGCUGUCCGAAAAUCUACUUCAAUCACCGGUGCUUCUCGGGUCCGUACCUCAACAAGGGCAGGAUUGCGGAGCUGCCUCAGUGCGUGGGGCCUGGCAGCUGUGCGCUGGUGCUCAAAGAGGUCCUCACCUUGCUGAUCAACGCUGCCUACAAGCCGAGUCGGGUCCUCAGGGAGCUGCAGCUGGAUGAAGAGGCUCGCUGGCAGGGGUACGGAGAGACCCUCAAGGCCAAGUACAAAGGGAAGAGUUACCGCGCCACGGUGGAGAUCGUCAGGACGGCCGACCAGGUGCCUGAUUUCUGCAGGAAGACCUGCAUCAAGCUGGAGUGCUGCCCCAACCUGUUCGGACCGAGGAUGGCGCUGGAGCGCUGCUCCGAGAACUGCUCAGGGCUGACCAAGACCAAGUACACUCACUAUUACGGGAAGAAGAGGAGCAAGCGCAUCGGCCGCCCCCCGGGGGGGCACACCAACCUGGAGGGGGGGGUCAAGAAGCCCAGCAAGAGGCGGAAACGACGCAAGCACUUCUUUGUGCACAAGAAGAAACGGUCCCCGGCCUCGCUGGACAACACGCCCGCAGGAUCCCCGCAGGGGAGCGGAGAGGAGGAGGAUCUGGACGAGGAGGAGUCUGGCAGCGAGGACUCGGGUUCGGAGCAGCAGGACGAGCUCAUGGAGGACUCGGAGGUGUCCGAGAAGAAAUCCCAGCCGUCCUCCCCCUCGCAGGGAGACAAGAGGAAGAGGAAGAGCCGCACGUUCUCCUUCUCCGACGAUGAGAACAAGCCCCCCUCCCCCAAGGAGCUGAGGUCCGAGGUGGAGGACAGGCUGCAGCUGGAGAGCAGCCCCCUGGACUGGAGCGUGGCCGACGUGGUCCGGUUCAUCAAGACCACGGACUGCGCCCCUCUGGCACGGAUAUUCCUGGAUCAGGAAAUCGACGGGCAGGCUCUGCUGCUGCUCACCCUGCCCACUGUCCAGGAGUGCAUGGACCUGAAGCUGGGCCCCGCCAUCAAGCUGUGCCACCACAUCGAGAGGGUCAAACUCGCCUUCUACCAGCAGUACGCCAACUGAGGGGCUGGAGGAACGGAGCCGCUCCAGGCAUGCAACUCUCCCUGACACGAGAGCGUGAUCGCUGACAGAAUCCCAGGGGCCUCGCGCAGCGCAGCACUGUCUGCAGUGACGCACGUCUAUCGCGAUGGACUUGCACAUCACAGCCUGGGUAUUUAAUGGGUUGUCAGUCAGCUCAGGUGACACCUGCAGCACGUGAAGGCAUUCUUACCAGCGUUCUGCAGGAAACAAAGUGCUUCAUCCGGCUGCAAAAACACAUGUGAAACGUGAUCAUUAAUACUCCAGCAAAUCACAGCAUGUGAAUUAACGCUUCUCCGAAGGUCAGGAGUGUCCUCCAAUCACAGCCUGUGAAUUAAUGCUUCUCCGCAGGUCAGGAGUGUCCUCCAAUCACAGGGGCUCUCGGCAAACGCAGUGUUUACCCCAUCUUCUUCCCUGAGCGGCUCCGUAAUCUCUGCACCCCAGACUCGGCAUCACAAAGCACAAAACUAAACAAGAAAAAUAAUAACAAGGACUCGAAUUGAGGAUCGUUGAAAAUGUAAUCUCGCUGAAGUGGAAGCGACCUGGUGGUGGAUAUACAGGGACGUGUACAUUACUUUGAUGUACAUGCUUUAUAAAGUGUGAAAUUCAUUAUUAAAUGGGACUUCCUGUACUGACAAAGCACACAAUAUUAUUAUUAUUAUUAUUAUUAUUAUUAUUAUUAUUAUUAUUAUUAUUAUUAUAAAUUGUAUUAUUAUUAUUAUU